AUGGAAGAACUUGUAUUAACAAAAGAAACUCCUCGUAAAAAAGUUAUUGAUAAAAAGAAAGAAUUUACACCAACAGCUUAUUUAGGAUGGACUCCGUUUAAAAAUUCAACUAUUGUAUGGGAAGCACAUGGUAAUGAAAUUAACCCAAAAAUACUAAAACAAUAUUCACUAAUGCCAUCUAUGAUGAUAUUUUAUGAAACAAAUGUAGCAACUUUUGGAACAUAUGAAGUUGAACCUCCAAUGUUAAUAAAUGAAAAAGUGGUAUUUAGACAGAAAUAUACAGUGUUUGUAAUUGACCAUUCAAAAAGAUUAGAAAAAAGAUUAAAAAUUACAAAUGGUGAAACUAAAGUUGGUCAUGAUGUAAUUAUUGCAUCAGGAAAUCAUACCAUUACUGAGAUGAGUGAAGGAUUAGCUAUUUAUCUUAAACAUCUUCCACCAUAUCAUAAUGAAGAUAUUUUUUAUCAAAAUAGUUACCAUUACAUUAAAUCUAUAAUCGUAGCUUCAUUUUACGAUUAA